UGCCAUCAAGUCGACUGAUUAUGAAGUUGACAACAAUGUGCCUAAGUAUCCAGGAGACCUACCUAAAGAAGUGGUAAUGAUGACACUUGCGAGACGUCCCCCCGCCCUGCUGCUCCUCAAACUCCAUGAAUGGUUUUGGGAUGAAGAGAAAACAUCAGACGGGGAAGAGAAGAAGAUUAUGCUGGUGUUAGAGUAUCCUGGCCCGUGCAAAACACUGGAGGAUUUCCUGAAGGAGCACGAAGACCUGGAGGAGAGAGACGCGCGCACACUCAUCCUGCAGAUUGUCAAAGCAGGGCAGGAGUGCUUGAGGCGGAACAUCUGUCAUUAUGAUAUGCAUGACAGUAAUAUCCUGGUCAUCAGACUGCCUCUGCGCAUCAAACUAAUUGAUUUUGGACAUGGGAAGCACAUGAUCCAUGGGAAACAGCCACGGACCGAUACGAAGAUGUCUUCAACAGAAGCGGUUAAUGUUACAGUGAACCAGCUGUUCAUCCUCAUCAAGGAAAUAGCAGGACAUUGUUCCAGCAUACCAGCAGAAUUCCGGGCAUUUAUUGAUCACUUCUAUACCCUUGAGGAAGAAGAAGAAGAUGAGAUACUGCUGCCUGUGGAGAAGAUUCUGGAUCAGCCAUGGCUGAAAAACAAAUAAAAUCAAGACUGUUCUAGACCUGAGUAAUUUAUGCUUUCCACCCUGAAAGAGGAGAUUUUAGAGCACAAGUGAUUCAGCAUGACGUAGAGCCCAUCAGCAGCAGGAAACAGGGUUUCAUUCUUCAAGCCUGAAACCAUUGAACAUUUAUUUUUCUCUUGUCCAGUCACUAAAACGUUUUGGCAGGACCUUUGCUGUUGGCUAAGUAACAAUAUAGAAACUGACAUUCCAUCCU